ACAGUGCAACGCAUCUUUACGUCGUGCAGUACGUGUAUCUGCUGGUGCCCGAGACAGCCCCCUUCAAGGGGAAAUUCCAUCUACAGGAAGCGCUAUGGAGGGUGUGGAGGCGCCGUGGGUGUCGCCCGUCGAAGUCAA